AUGUCGCUGUUUAAGGUACGCAAUUGGUGGAAAACGCAGUGUCCAACGGUUGAGUCGGCGUACGAUUCCUUCUCGCUGCACUGCGCCCGACUGUGUCUCGAGGAGGGCGAAAAGGAUAGCAUAGUGGUUGGGUCACACUCUGGUCAGUUGUGUAUCUAUCGACCGUCGGGUGGACAAGCUUCCCAGCCCGAUUUCGACGCCGAGGACGAAGAACAACCCGCCAUCCAAACGGCCAACACCGAGAACGUGUUUCAGCAUGCAGACGUCAUCGUGGAAAUGCUGUUGCCACAUCCCGUGUUGGGCGUCAGCAGUGGAAAAUUCACCACAGCCAGCAAAUCCGACACAAGACUCCAGCUGGUGGUGCUUCAUCCGAUGCGCUUGUGCAUCUAUCAGAUCGUCACCAUCGACGGGUUGGCGGAUCAUGGUGACCAUACCCGCCUUGUGCCGCUCAGUGACCAUCUACUCACGAAACCAGCUUUUUCCCUGUGUCACGGUCCAUUCGGAGGUGUCAAAGGACGUGAAUUCCUCUGCGUACAACACUUAGACGGGUCACUGCGGUUCUUCGAGCAGGAUGGUAUCAGCUACGAUCGGACGUUGGCCACCGAUCGGCAUAUCCCUACGCCAUUGCACUACGUACCGCGGGUUGAUUGUUUCGUAACGGUCACACCGGCUUGGGUGUUGGAGUGCUACCGAUAUCAGGACAUCGCCGAGGCACUAGAAAGUGUACGCCGUCAUGACCCAAUUUGGUCACUUUGUGUCGGCGAAUAUGCACUAGAUUUGCAGGUGCAUCAGGUCUCCAACACGGAAUCCGUGAUCGUGGUGUUGGGCGAAAACAAUCUCCUGUGCGUGAGUGACACCGGAAAGGUGCAAUUCAUCAAGAAGCUCGAUUAUUCGCCGAUGUGCUUUCACGCGUUCGUUGCCGGAUGGUACUGGGAACCCGGCGCCCGGUUGAUGUUGGCUGUUGUCUCUGAAAGCGGCUCAUUACUGCUGUACGAAAGCGAUCAGAUCAUUUGGUCGGCACAGCUCGGUGAGGUUCCGGUGGCCAUCGGUCGUGCUAAUGUGGCCGGUUUACCUGGAGCCCUGGUGACGCUGGGCGCAACUGGAGCCCUUGCGAUCGGGUACCUCGGGUCCGAACCGCAGUUGUUCCGUGUGCCCGCGCUCAAUCUGGCCCCGUUUGAGAUGGCCCGCUGUCAGAAGGAGCUGCUCGAGCUGGAACGUGAGAUUCGCGCCGGUGUUGAUCCAAGUGACGCAACUAUCGCUAAGGCUGCCGCCGAACGGGACGUCAGGAUGGAGGUCGAAAUCGAUGGUGCAUCGAUGACCGCUUGUACCCAUCCAACGAAUGUCCCUUCGGCCGGUGGAACCGUUCAAAUGUGCCAGUUAAGUGUAUCGAUUCAGGUGGAACUGGCACUCGAAGUGUUGCAGCUUACGAUUGCAACGGAUCGUGCCGUUGGUUGUUCAAAGGACUCGUUUCUGUUUCGGGACGUUGCGGCCCACAGCACGGAGCGCUUCAACGUGUGGGUGUACCCUGUGGAACCUGCUCCGCCAGCAUCGCUCACUCUGACCGUGUUUUGCUCGUACACCAACAAGCAAGGCAUCACAAGGAUCCAGCACAAGGACACGUCACUUCCGCUGGCGUUGUUCGUGAAAUCCUGCCAGCCAUCGAAGGAGGCCCUGCACAAGCUUACCCUAACGAUUUCUCCCGUAUCGAGUGUCCUUGGAGGCGGUUUAGGGCAACUGUUCCCGGAAUUCACCCCCGAAGGUGGUGCUUCAAGCGCUCUCGGACUGCAGUUAGUCACCGGAAGUGACACCCGGAAGGUUACGAUAGUGGCCGCUAAAAGUACGAACCGCUUUCGCGUACAAUCCGAUGAACUCGGCCUAAUGCCGAUGGUGCUGGAGUGUCUCAUAAAACGGUUACACGAUGAUUCGCCAGUGCACCGGGUGGCCGAAUCGGAAGUUGACACGCGAAAGAACGCUUCUGCUGCCAAGGUGCACGUAACCGUAAGUGGGAUGCCUGCCGUAAGCGAACUGAUGAAAGCGCUGCAAGUCCACCACGAGCUGGGGAGAGAACUCAAACAGCUUGAGACGGAGCUUGAGAUCACCACCGGCCAGAUGCGUUUGUUCGAACGACGGUUCGUCGUGAAGCUGCAGGAACGCUCCUUGCGUGCUCUCGAUGGGAUACUGAUGUUGCUGAAACGAAACCAUGCCUCCGUGGCCAAAGUGUGCCAGCUGUUGAAGCAGCAGCGGCACAAGAUGACCCUCACACGGAUCAACCUAGUGGCGAUAUUGAAUCUGUUCAACCUGUGCUUUACCCACUCGCGAAACACGCCAGGUGGAAAGUAUCUUGAGUAUCUUACCGGACUGCUCACUCCCACCGUGAUAGAUGGCACCGAGCAAAGCUACGAAGAGAUGUUACUGCCGGUUGUACGCUAUCUGGAACAGACAGGUCCCCUAAAGACUGGAGAUGAUCAGUCAACCGCCUUCGAGGAAGCCUACUUGUACGAAGUUAAACUGCGAGAAGCCAACGGUGUGGACACGUCCAUCCACAACGAUCUGCUUCAGAGGUACAUUCAGCGCCUACUCGGACGCGUUAACGAUCGCUUCACUGCUACUGGGAAAACGUCCGGAAGUGGCAGCGGUCGAAACAGUGUGGACUUCGAGGAGCAACCCCUACCGGAGGCGCACAACGAGGAAGCGGAAGAAGAGCAGAACGAAGAGCAGGACCAACGCACACACGAUGGAACGGAUGUCCAUCUAUCCGUACACCUUGGUUCCACCGCUAGUGAAUGGGUCAACUACGAAAAACAGUCUGACCUCCCAUUGUAG